AUGGCCAUGCUGCUCACCCAAGACUCUCUAAAGGAAGAGAUAGCAAUAAAGGCAUGGAAGGAAUUUGCUGCACUGACAAAAGAAUUAAAUGCAUGUAGGGAACAGCUGCUUGAAAAGGAGGAGGAGAUUUCAGAACUGAAGGCCGAAAGAAACAACACGAGACUGUUACUGGAGCAUUUGGAGUGCCUUGUCUCAAGACACGAAAGAUCACUGAGGAUGACAGUGGUGAAACGGCAAGCACAGUCUCCUUCAGGAGUUUCCAGUGAAGUUGAGGUCCUCAAAGCUCUGAAAUCUCUGUUUGAGCACCACAAGGCUCUGGAUGAAAAGGUAAGGGAGCGACUGAGGGUUUCUUUAGAAAGAGUCUCUGCACUGGAAGAAGAACUUGCUGCUGCUAACCAGGAGAUUGUAGCUUUGCGUGAACAAAAUGCACACAUUCAAAGGAAAAUUGCAGCUGGUGAAGGGCCUGCUGAAUCAGAGCAUAUUGAAGGAAUGGAGCCAGGGCAAAAGGUUCAUGAAAAGCGCUUGUCGAAUGGCUCCAUAGACUCAAAUGAUGAAACCAGUCAAGUUAUAGAACUCCAGGAGCUACUUGAAAAGCAGAACUAUGAAAUGGCACAAAUGAAGGAACGUUUGGCUGCACUGUCAUCCCGGGUGGGAGAGGUAGAGCAGGAAGCAGAAACUGCCAGAAAGGAGCUCAUUAAAACAGAAGAAAUGAACAGUAAAUAUCAGAGAGACAUUAGAGAGGCAAUGGCACAAAAGGAAGAUAUGGAAGAAAGGAUCACUACACUGGAGAAGCGCUACCUCAGUGCACAGAGAGAAUCCACCUCCAUACAUGACAUGAAUGACAAGCUGGAAAAUGAACUGGCAAACAAAGAAGCCAUCCUACGUCAGCUGGAAGACAAAAACAGACAGCUGCAAGAGCGUCUAGAGUUGGCAGAACAGAAGCUCCAGCAGACGAUGAGGAAGGCAGAAACCUUACCUGAAGUGGAGGCUGAACUGGCUCAGAGAAUUGCAGCUCUGACUAAGGCAGAAGAAAGACAUGGAAACAUUGAAGAACGUAUGAGACACUUAGAAGCUCAACUUGAAGAGAAGAAUCAGGAACUUCAAAGAGCAAGGCAAAGAGAAAAAAUGAAUGAGGAGCAUAACAAAAGAUUAUCAGAUACUGUAGACAGACUUCUGACAGAAUCCAAUGAGCGUCUUCAGCUGCACCUAAAAGAGAGAAUGGCAGCACUUGAAGAAAAGAACGUCUUGAUUCAAGAAUCUGAAAGUUUCCGGAAAAAUCUGGAAGAAUCUUUACAUGACAAGGAAAGACUUGCAGAAGAAAUUGAGAAACUGAGAUCUGAAUUGGAUCAAAUGAAAUUGAGAGCUGGUUCUUUAAUUGAACCCACAUUGUCAAGGUAAUGUUUAACGCCAAAUGUUUCCUCA